GGUAACGGCGCGAGUUUUCAAAAUGGUGGCGCGAGGGGCGGGCGCUUCCCGCUGGGCCCCGCAUCGCUGCCGCGGCCUGGGGCGGGGCGCGCGGCCGUAAUGGCGAGCUCGAACCGCCGCCGCCGCCGCCGCCGCCGGGGAAGGAGGAGGAGCGGCAGCGAGGGCCGCGGGCGGCGACAUGGCGGCCUGCAUCGGCGAGAAGAUCGAGGACUUCCAGGUGGGGAACCUGCUGGGCAAGGGCUCUUUCGCUGGUGUCUACAGGGCCGUGUCCCGCAAAACUGGCCUGGAGGUAGCUAUCAAGAUGAUAGACAAAAAAGCCAUGCACAAAGUUGGAAUGGUACAGAGAGUUCAAAAUGAAGUGAAGAUACAUUGUCAACUGAAACAUCCAUCUAUACUUGAGCUGUAUAAUUACUUUGAAGACUGCAACUAUGUGUACCUGAUACUAGAGAUGUGUCACAAUGGAGAAAUGAGCAGAUAUCUGAAGAACAGACAGAAACCUUUCUCUGAAGAAGAAACUCGACAUUUAAUGCACCAGAUUAUCACAGGGAUGCUGUAUCUUCAUUCUCAUGGAAUACUACAUCGGGACCUCACCCUUUCUAAUCUUCUACUCACUAGCAACAUGAACAUCAAAAUAGCUGAUUUUGGACUAGCAACACAAUUGAAAAUGCCACAUGAAAAGCAUUACACGAUGUGUGGAACUCCUAAUUACAUUUCUCCAGAGAUAGCCACAAGAAGCGCGCAUGGACUUGAAUCUGACGUGUGGUCUUUGGGGUGCAUGUUCUAUACUCUUCUGAUUGGGAAACCACCUUUUGACACUGACACAGUCAAGAACACGCUGAACAAAGUAGUAUUAGCAGAUUAUGAAACGCCAGCCUUUUUGUCAGGAGAAGCUCAAGAUCUCAUACGCAAGUUACUUCGCAAAAACCCAGCAGAUCGUUUAAGUCUUUCAUCUGUCCUGGAUCAUCCUUUUAUGUCCAGAUGCAACUCAGCACGAAGUAAAGAUUCUGGAACUGUAGAAGAUUCCAUGGACAGUGGCAAUGCUACAAUUUCUACAGCUUUUACUGGCUCUUCUAGCAUCAGUAUAAGUGGUUACAUGAAGGAAAAGAAAAGAUUCUUAGUGGGACAGCCACUUCCAAAUAAACUUACUUUAUUUCCUAAAAAUAAGAAUUCUAGUGAUGCUUCCUCUGAUGCUAGUAGCUCUUACAAUAUUUGGGGAAUUCAGGGAAAAGAAACUGGCGUGACUGGUAGAGGACGAACAAUGCAACUUGCUGAAGAGAGGCCACAUUCACGUUACCUCAGGAGGGCCCAUUCUUCUGAUAGGUCUGGCACAUCUUCCAGUCAGACUCAAGGAGUACCAAAUAGUGUUGAGAGGUGCCAUUCCUUGGAGCUGCUUUCAAAACCCAGAACAGGAAUGAUGGAACAUAUAGACAGCUAUUCAUCCACAAACAGCUACGGUGAUAUUCCUUCUAUAUUUAAGGAGAAGACUUCUAGUAGUUCCGGCAUCCAAACACAAUCAAAUUAUCUCUGUCCAAUGAAGUCCAGUGUUGGUUUGUUAGAACAGAAGACCCAGACUGAAACAAUGCAGCAAUGGCUUGGAGGCAUGCAAACAAAUGCUCAUUUAAGACAGCCUGCAGAUUCUAUCAGUCUCGGUAUCCAAAAAUUCCAUUUAUGUGACCAUCUAGAUGUACAACAGGAAAUGUCAAGAGACCUGUGGAACGAUAUAAAAGAUAAAAAGAAUCCUGAUGUCUCCCUUGACAGUGCAUGUCCUAUAAAUCAAUUCAGUGCAAAGAAAUAUGCUUCCGGACUUCCAUGUAAGCGGAGCAAAGCUCAACCAGCAUCCACAUUUGUUCUCCAUCCAACUUCAGAGCAAAAAAAAGCCUGGGGCAAAGAGCCAUUAGGACAUCAGAAGCCUUCACUACGAAGUAUUCUCUCUCCUCUCAGUGCUCAUAGAUUAAAACCAAUCAGACAAAAAACAAAAAAUGCAGUGGUGAGUAUUUUAGAUGCAGGAGAAGUGUGUAUGGAGUUUAUAAAAGAACACCAUUCUCAAGAGUUCGUAAAAGAAGUUCUCAAAAUAUCUUGUGAUGGAAGUGUGAUUACAGUAUAUCAUCCAAAUGAAGGAAGAGGUUUCCUUCUUGAUGACAGACCACCUUCUCCUCCUGAAGAUGUCUGUAUGUACAGUUUUGACAACUUGCCAGAAAAGUACUGGAAAAAGUACCAGUAUGCAGCUAAAUUUGUUCAUCUGGUGAGAUCAAAAACACCUAAAGUUACCUUCUAUACAAGAUACGCAAAGUGCAUGUUGAUGGAGAAUUUCCCUACUGCAGAUGCUGAAGUUUGUUUUUAUGAUGGGGCAAAAAUACAUAAGACAGCAGGUAUAACUCGAGUGAUAGAAAAAUCUGGAAAAUCUUACACUUUAAAAGAAGAAAAUGAAAGCGUCUUGAAGAAUGAAAUGCAAAUAUAUAUGGAUCAUGCAAAUGAGGGACAUCGCAUUUGUCUUGCACUGGAAGCUGCUGUUUUGGAAGAAGAGAAAAGGAAUGAAAAUGUUCCCUUUUUCCCUAUAAUAGUUGGAAGAAAACCAGGGAACACUGAAUCGCCGAAGGCCCUGAUGCUGCCUUCAGUGGAUGCAGAUAGCACAGGAAAAGCUACCUCACUGGAAAGAAAUAGAGCUGUCAGUUCUCCUAGUCAAGCUCCUAACAUCAGUCCUUCUAUGGUAUCUUAUGAAGGCUCUGCAUUAACAACUGCUGUUGCUGAAACCUGUUCCUCCAAUCAAAAGGAGUGCAAUUCAAAUUCAGCCCAACUAGUGAAGUCUGUUUUUGUGAAAAAUGUUGGUUGGGCUUCUCAGUUGACUAGCGGAGCAGUAUGGGUUCAAUUCAAUGAUGGAUCCCAGUUGGUAGCACAAGCAGGAGUCUCCUCUAUCACUUACACAUCUCCAAAUGGUCAGACAACUAGGUAUGGAGAAAAUGAGAAAUUACCUGAAUACAUCAAAGAGAAGUUGCACUGUCUGUCUUCCAUUCUUGUGAUGUUUACCAAUCCAGCUGGUCCCCACUGACUAAAGCAAAGCAACUUUUUGGGCAUAAAGGCUUAAUAAAUGUUUUGCUAGCAUUAAAAGUGACUUUAUUACUCUGCUUACCAGAAACUUAAAAUUCAGAAAUUCCAUUUAGAAUAAGAUCUGGUACAAAUGGAAGAGGAAAGGGUUGGUGUACUUACACUAAUCUGAUCAACUGUAAAACAUUGUAGAAGUAUGUGGUACUUUAGGCAGCUAAAGAUCAGAGAUUUGUCCACAUAAUACCAGAUUUACUUGAACACAAGGCCUUGCAUGUAAGGUGAGCCCCUAAUCAUUAGAUUCUACACACAAAAAGUUUAAAACUUAUUAUAAUUUUCCAUGUAUGAAAUAGGGCUGACAAGCCAGUCACUUGACCAGUUAAAUAUUGUCCAUUGACCCUUACCCUGCUCUGCGCUGGUAGGCUCUGGUCCCUGUUGCAGUGAUGCAUAGCCAGCACUGCUGUUCCAGCCCCAGCCCUUAGCUGCAGCAGGGACAGAGAUUGCCAGCAUGAAGCCAAGUGCAGAGCCAAGGAAGCAGUGUUGCAGGGGAGGAGAGAGGGAGACGCAGGGGGAUGGGGACUAGGGGAGGAGUGACAGGGCAUGCAGGGGGAGGGGGAGAAGCAGGUGGCAAGCGUAGUUCUGGCUCCAACCCCAACAGCUGUCUCCCCCCUACUUCCUUGUGCUCAAUUGUAAGAUGGGGGGCUUUUCCCACCCAUGUUAAAUGGGGGAAAAAUCCGUGUCUUCUAAUGGAGUAAAUACAGUAAAUUCUGUGUAUAGACUAUCCAACAUUCUUUGUUCAGGAAUUAAAUUGAAAUGAAAAAUCAACUGUAUAUAGCUUCUUUUUUUUUCUCUCCUCAUUGCUCAGUCAGUAUUGACAAUCAAAGAAAAUGCAUUUGUGCUGUUUAACUGUUUCUACCUGUAAAUAACUUGUAUUUUUAUGUUGCUUACACACAACGUAUGUAAAAAAAAAAAAGUGUAUAUUUGUUUUAUAUUUGCUUUUUUAUGUUUUAUUUUUGUAGCAGCAGUUUCUAAUUUCCCUGUACAAGCAUUUUAUAAUAAAAAUAAAUGCAGUGGU